AUGAGUGGUAGUAAGUUGAGUGUGGCCAGGGAGGUUACCUAUGAGCUAGGUGACUGGAGACCGCUGUUAGAUGAAGGAGGGGAGAUACAAGAAGUCAUUGUCAUUGGAGAGGAGGUAGGCACCGAUGGAGCAAUUGACGUCGAAGUUGGCGUGCAGGUUGGUGUUGGCGAGGCAGCGAGUGUUGGCGAGCCUAGGUGCUCCAUGGGUGUCGAGGGCGACAAGGGGGUACAAGUGGGCUCCGGUGGUGAGGCGUUAAAGGCACAGCUAGGCCUCGAGAAUGGGCAAAGACGCCAUGGGCGAGGCAACAUGGGCACAACUAAGGGCGAGGUGCCAUGGGCGCCGCUAGGUGAGAUGUUGCGGGCAUCGACUGGUGGGUGUGCUGAUCAUGGAGAGGGCAUCGCCGCAUGGCCUGGUGAGUUCGCUGGUGAAUGGGCGGUACUGGCGAGAUCUUCGAUGUUGGGCGAGCCAAGAACAACAACGAUGGAUGCUAGGCAUAGGGCUGUGCAGGUGCAGGAGGUAGGGACGUCGAGAGUUAGGUGCCACGAGGGGGCGCGCCAGGAACUGGGUGCCAAGAGGUAA